UACAGGCAUACCAUUUAUAGUGUAAUAUCGCUUAGGUCGAUGAAAAGACAGUCUCUAAUGUACAUUUAUGUUUAAUAGCGGUGUUAUGUAGCCAUAUUCAAAUCGUAAACAGGACUUGAGAAUAUAUUUGGACCAUUCCUUCAAGUAUUUCAGUCAUAUAGGCGGGUAGUUUCCUAACCAUCGUUCCUGGAGAGUUACACCAGUACUAGACUACCUUCCUCCGCGCUAAACUACCAAAGCAUCUCCCGGGGAUCGAACCCACGCCAGAGAGGUAACUGGAUAAGAAGUCAUCGACUCUAACCCCUCGACCACGGAGGCGCUAUGACAAAACGGGCAAAUAAAGUGUUGCACUCAGAUACACCAACACCAGAAAACGAGAUUUCACCGGACGCCGUUCUCGAACAUAACGUGAAAUCUCGAGACGAGAACAUGAUGACCACUGAGAACCAAACAUCGGAGCAAAACAACACAUCGGACCAAAAGAAGAAGCAUCGUAAGAAGCGAAAAAAAUCUAAACAUCGACAUCCUGACCUGGAAGAGCAGUCCUUACCAUCUAGAACGAUUGAUGACAUGGUUGGAAAGUUGUCUAUUAAAGAUGAUGAAAAGCUCCCUGUGCCAUCAUUUGAUAGGACAGACGAAAAAGAUUUGUCACUUUCGGAUGUGGAAAACAAAGAUGUCAAAAAGCAAACCUCACCAUCUAGAACUAUUGACAUGGUUGAAAGUAUGUCUAUUAAGGAUGAUGAAAAGAUCCCUCAGCAAUCAUUUGAUAGAACAGUUAAAGAAGAUAUGUCGCUCUCGGAUGUGGAAAAAGAAAGAGUCAAAAAGGAAUCUCGUCCAGCCAAAGAAAUUGCUAAGCAGGAUCGGAAAAAUAGGCGAAAUCGUAACUCUCAUAACGGUCUAGAAACCUUUUCAAAAAAAGAACUGACACUGGAGAAUAUUAAGGAAGAGGAUUUGACUGGGAAGGAGGAACAAGAUGAUACAAAAGAUGUAGAAAGGGUGUCAAAGCCGUCAGAAAUAAUUAUGAAAAGGGCUGGCAAACUUUUAAAAGGACGUCAAAUUCCAUUUGCUGCCGAGACAGGGCAGGCACGGGAAACAGCGCGUAAAAACAGUUCGUCAUCCUUUGAAGAAUAUGAUGAAGAACCGGAGCGAUAUUGGACUGCUGCUGAGAGGGAAAGAGCGCUAUCUCGCUUAUAUCGAAGAAUAUAUAUUCUUGAAAAAAGUGGAGAGCUCAAGGAGCUAGAGCGGCCACGCAAGAAAGCACAUAAAAGAAAUCUGACAAGCUCAGCUGAUACAGAUGAUGAUGAGCAGCAAUCUCCGCAAUCAAAAACAGUUGCUGAUAGGGUAGGAAAGCUUUCUCGCUUUAACCGAAGAUUUGCUAACAAAUUUGGAGAACUCCCGGAGCGGGUGCAGCCACGCAAGAAAACACAUGGAAGUCAUCUGACAAGCUCAAACGAUGACGAUGAUGAUGACGACGACGAUGAUGAUGACGACGACGAUGAUGACGACGAUGAUGAGCAGCAAUCUCCGCAAUCAAAAACAGUUGCUGAUAGGGUAGGAAAGCUUUCUCGCUUUAACCGAAGAUUUGCUAACAAAUUUGGAGAACUCCCAGGGCGGGUGCAGCCACGCAAGAAAACACAUGGAAGUCAUCUGACAAGCUCAAACGAUGAUGAUGAUGAUGACGACGACGAUGAUGACGACGAUGAUGAGCAGGAAUCCUACCAAUCUAGAUCACGUAAUGCUAGGGUUAAAAAAAUAUCUCGCUUUAAUCGAAGAUUUGCUAACAAAUUAGGAAAACUGGCGGAAAAAGCGCAGCAACGCAAAGUAAGACAUAAAAAACAUCCGACAAGCUCAAAUGAUGAGGAGGAGGAAGAUGUCCAUAACGAUAAUGAUGAUAAGCAGGUGUCAAAGCCGUCAGAAAUAAUUACAAAGAGGGCUGACAAAGGACGAAACAGUUCAUUUGAUGUUGAGAUGGAGUUGGCACAGGAAAUAGAAGGAAUACACGAGUCUUUACCUUUCAAAUCAGAUGAAGAAGAAUCAUAUGAAGAAGAAUCAGAUGAUCUAUCUCCGCAAUCAAAAACAGUUGUUGACAGAGUUGGAAAGCUAUCUCGCAUUAAUCGAAGAUUUGCUAACAAAUUUGGAGCACCCCCGGAGCGAGCGCAGCCACGCAAGAUAACACAUAAAAGAAAUCUGACAAGCUCAGAUGACCAUGAUGAUGACGAUGAUGAUUAUGAUGACGACGACGAUGAUGAUGAUGAUGAUCAGCUAUCUCCGCAAUCAAAAUCAGUGGCAAAGAGGGUUGGAAAGCUAUCUGGCUUUAAUCGAAGAUUUGUUAACAAAUUUGGAGAACUCCGUGAGCCAGGGCAGCCACAUGAUGAUGAUGUUGAUUAUGAUGAUAAUGUCGCUGUUCAAGAUGAUAAGAUGUCACUUAUGGAUGAAGAGUUGUCACUUAUCAAUUGGCCGUCUGAGCACAUGGACUCAGCGAACGAAACAGAAAUGAUAGAUGAAACAGAAAUGAUAAAUGAUAUAUUCAAAGACAGCUCAGAAGAAACGGUUUUGAAAACGUUUCAUCAACUUAUACAUAUGGGAGAGAACCUGAAUAAUUUAGGCAAGGAUGAAUUAGGUCGUUCUAUCUUACAUAAAGCGGUAGAAAGGAAUUUUCUAAGCGUUGUAGAAAAGUUGCUCGACUAUGAUUUUGACCCGCUUUGUUACGAUGAUAACUUCCAUAUACCGCUUCAUAUAGCCAUUGAAAAGGGAUAUGAUGAAAUGGCUGCACUUAUUGUUAGUAAAAUUGAUAAUUUUGUAGUCAGGCGGCUUUUUGGGGACGAUGAAUCGAAAGCAAACAAAUUUCGGGGCAAAACAAAUGUGUUUAAGAGAACAUUACUCGAGCUUAAUGAAGACUUGAGCCAAUUUAAAACAUUUAAUGAAGGCACUGUGAAACCAAUGUUUACAAUAAAUCAGUUGUUAGUAAUUGAUCUUAAUCAAACACUGAUGCAAGUGUUGGACAGUUUCCUGGAGGAACGUCGAAAUGGCACAUAUAAUGUCCAUAUCAAACUCCUAGAUAUUGAUGAUAACAAAAAAGAACCCACUCAUGAAGAUUUCGAUUUCAAAUGUCAUACAGCUUUUCAUUUCCUUGCAUUUUUUGGCGAAAAAGACGCUCUCAACCACCCUGCUGUACGGACGUGUGUUGAUCACAAGUGGAAAACCUGGGGUCAGGCCCGUUUUUUGCGAUAUUUCUUCAUGUACUUGUUCAGCUUAUUUUGCUGGACGUAUUCUGCUGUGACAGGAGUUAGCGCCCCUGAUAUUCAAAAUUACGACACGAGACUUCAACAUUCCCGGGCUUUUUUUGAAGUCAUUGCAUACAUAUUUGCACUUGCAGUUUUGUUCACGGAAAUUGUACAGAUCGUCAGACACAAGCUGUCCUAUUUCACGCAGGGUUUCAACAUUUUGGAAUUAACUUCUGCAGUACUACUAGUGAUGGUUUUACCACUACGCUAUAUCAACGUUACAGUACACUGGUAUUUUUAUGCCAUUGGAUAUUGUUUAUGGGGAAUGAGAAUAUUCAAGUAUACCAUAGUGUUUAAUACAACAGGAAUAUAUGGUGAGGUGAUCAAGCGUAUUAUUGUUCAAGACUUUGUUCAAUUCAGUAUUCUGUUUGCGGUGGUAAAUCUAAUAUUUUCUGGAACAUUCAUACUGAUUCUGAAAGCAGACGACAACUUGAACGCUCACUCAGAGACGAGCUCAUUUCAAGGCACCAUGUACGUAGGUUUGCGAACUUUAAUAGAAGCAUCCGCGAUAGUCGAAUACUCUGGAGCAGAUGGAUACAGGACGGCUGGAACCAUUUUAUUACUGGUGUACAUGUUUUUCACAAUUGUUGCUUUGCUCAAUAUAUUAAUUGCACAAGUGAGUGAAACUUACACAAGAACACAUGGCGAUUGUGUGAAGACAGUACGAGCAAAUCGUGCAUGGACCGUUGCACGUGCAGAAAGAAAUGAAUGGCAUAUUCUUCCAUGCAUACAAACUAACCGAGUCAAACAUUAUCUUGGCGUUAUUAAACACGUCGAUUUGGAUGCCAUUAAAAAGAAAGAAAGUACUCUCGUUGAGGAAAUGUCAGAAAAGAUUGUAAAAGUUGAAAAACAGCAAAUAAAGAGCGGCCUAGAAAUACACACAGUUAAAACGAGACUCCGCCAUUCCACACAACGUAUUGAGAGAAAAGUCAAUCAGCUUUCACGACAAAUGGAGAAGGUUUUACGACUCCUGAGGAGACGAAAUAUAUAAUACUUAGUAAUUUUCCUGUCGUAUCAAUUUCGAAGUUGCAUUAUGACGUGUGGUAAAUGCACGAGCUGUUUGUCAGCCUCUUUUCACCAUGACAUGUCGUGAAUAUAAGUAUAUUCCUAUUUCGAAUCAUUCUACAAUGACACCUUCUACGGAAAAAAAUUUGCUUUAGAAACUUUUACCGUUUAUUAUGCUAAUGUGUUUAUAUAAUACAUAUUACAAACAUCCGUUCUUAACCUGUGAUAUUUUAUGUAAUAUAUUUGAAUUAAAUAUCAUUUUACUAUUGAAAUUUUAUACUUUUGUAUACAUAGAAUGUUCUGUCUUUCUUAUUUAUAUAAAGUUUUAAGAAAUGAAGUUAUGUGAAUUGGAAAAAAAAACAAUAAAUUUAAGAUAAUCAAAAUAUCAUUGGUUAGAAAGUAUUUGCCUUUUAUGUGCGAGGCGUCUGUGGCCGAGUAGUUAAGGUCUUUGACUUCAAACUACUUGCCCUUUACCGCUGUGGGUUCGAAUCCCGCCAGAAACUUUGGAUUCUUUCAUGUGAGGCAGCUAACCAGCUUACUUACGGAAUGUCGGUUAUUCUUCCCAGUUGGCUCUUUGUGCCUGAGAUCUUCCUCCGCCAGUAAAGCUGGAAAGUCGCCAUUAGACCUCUGAAAUAAAUCUUAUGUAAUCAUGUAUUUUCCGAGUCUAUUAUACGAAUAUUUUAUUGAUCAUAAUUUACAACUAUCUUUUUAGAGCAAAAUUUGUUGUUUGUCAUGAAUGUUUGAGUAUAACAAUGUUUCAUUUAACUUUUCACUAUGAGUUUAUAAAUGUCUUUGUAGUAGAUUAGAUUGUAUAGAAGUAUAAUAUAUUGCCUGCCAGAAGAGCCAUUUGACGAAAAACUCUAAUCAGUUCACCUAAGAAUUUGUACUACUUUUUAUCAAAGUUGUUAUACUAUGGUUAAUUGAAUUGUGGUCUGUAUACCAUAUUUGAUUGAUUAUGUCAUAUUAUCAUUAUACACUGUGUAUGUUCAAAGAGCUUCUUUGUUAUGAUAUAAUCUACUAUAUUAUAAUCCGAGCACGAUAAACAGAAAUGUCUUCAUAUUUAUUUAUAGUACGGAACAGUCCAUUUUAAAACAAUACUUGUAUAGGUAAAUGAAAUGUUGCAUGCCCUGGUUGUUUGAACUUUUGACUGAUAAUUGUAAAAUGAUGAUUAAAUGUCGCAAUAGCACAAUCGGUAGAGCACUAGCUCUAAAGGACAGACGGCUAACGAGCUUCAAAAAUGUUUUAUGUUGGGUUUUCUCCUCCGGUAUUAUUCAUAUAAGAAACUACAUUAUCAUAAUGCGUUUUUUUAUUUAAUCAACUUUUUAUUAUUGUACUUAAUCAAAAUAUCCUCAUCUCAUUUUCCCCCUAUCUCAUUUUCGUUUUCUUUUUUUAUUCAUUUCUUAUUAUAAAUGUAUGAACUAUUUUUUU